CUGGUAGGCGCUGGUGCUGUACCGCAUGGGGCGGGAGGGCGAGGCGCAGGAGUCCUGGUGAAGGCGCUGGUGCUGUACCGCAUGGGGCGGGAGGGGGAGGCGCUGGAGGUGUGCGCGGAGGUGCGGGAGGAGGGGCGCGCGGGGCAGCUCUCAGAGCGCACGCUCAUGGACCUCAUGGACCUCCUGGCGAGAAUGGGCAAAGCCCACGAGGCAGUGGACGCGUUUGAGGCAGCAGCAGCGCAGCAGGCAGACAACAUGAAGCUGCAGGAGCUGCUGGUGGGGGCGGCACUGAAGAGCCGAGGCUACGUGAAGAUGCAGCAGGCUGCCAUGCGCAUGCACAAGAAGAGGCCAAAAGAUGACAAAUACCUUCUAUGGGCCGUCUGUAGCAUGGACCUGCAGGCCUUCGAGAAAGAGAGCCACACAGUUUGCCACAUUCCGCCAUCCAUCUCCUCCUUCCACCUGCCACCUCCAGCUGCCGCCACGUCAGCAACAGGUGCCACGUCAGCGCCUACCGCGUCCGUGUCAGCUGCUGACGUGGCAAAGCAGCGGCGGCAGCUUCUCCAGUUGGCAGAGGCGAUGAUUCAGAGGAAAGCACAGAGUGAAGGAGGGCUGAAUUCGGCUGAAGCGCUUCGGCUCUAUGUGGAUUUGUUGAGGCGGCAAGGCAAGGGGGAGGAGGUGGUGAGGGUGCUGCAGGGCCCCAUGGCCGCCCUCUUCACAAUCAAAUCAGAUCUGCUGCAGAUCCGGGGCGAGGUGCAGCAGGACUUGGCGCGCUUCACUGAUGCUGCUGCCACGUUCAUGGAGCUGCUGGGCGUGAGAUUCCUGUCUUCUUAUUCCUACAUGCUGUAUCCAACCCUUCUCCACUCCUCUGUUUCCGCUGCCGCCCAUGCAUGCAGUGAUGAUGACUGGGUGGCAUCCUUGUCCUUUCUGGACUCACUCAUGCUAGCCCACCUGCAGUCGUCGCUCUCCACUCCUCUCUCUGAAGCUGUAGCAGCAGUCACUGCUGACGCCGCUACAGCUGCUUCUGCUGUUGCUACAGCCCAAGCUACAGCCCCUGCUACAGCUGGCGGCAAACCUGCAGCUGCUGCCUCGCACACGAGCUCUAGUUCGGGAGGAGGUUCGGGAGGAGGUUCGGCGGAGGGUGGGAGGGAGGGGGCGACAAGGGAGAGCCGGCUGAUGCAGGGGCUGCUGCUGCGGAUGCUGCAGGGGGGAGGGGCUUGGGGGGAGGGGGGAGAGGGCGGAGGUGGGGGAGAUGGCUGUGGGGGGAGUGAGGGAGGGGUGGAGGGGGGCGAGUGGGAGAGUGUGUGUGCGGUGGGGGCAGCAGCAACGGCCCUGGAUGUGGCUUGUAGGGCGCCGGGGAGCAAGCGCAUUCAGGAGGAGGUGAGGGGGGCAGCAGCCAUUUGGAGACUAGCAUGGGGUGGUUUGGGAGGGGCACACAUGGGGUGGGGUGGGGCAUGGGUUGGGGAGGGGCACAGGGUGUGCAGUGCAGCAUGGGUUGGGUGGGACGUAUGGCUUGCAGGCACCAAGGAGCAAGCGCAUUCAGGAGGAGGGCAGCCCGCCUCCCCUCCUCCCUCCCGCCCCUCUCCCCUCCUCCCCAGCGCUCUUCCUCUUUCCAUCUGUUCAUCUAGCCUUCACCACUCCCCCCUCUUCCGGAUUCUCUCAGAAGCCGACCGCUACUUCCAGGGCCUCAGAGAUAGCCUCCUGGCACAGCACUCAGCGCACCAGCGCCUCUCGGGCAGCGGGCAGCCGGAAAUGAAAAAAGUGGAGGAGGGCAGCGAGCUGGACGGGGCCGAAGGGGCACCAGCAGGGGCAGAGGAUCCAAGUAAUGCCAGCAACGGCAGCAGCAGCAAUGCACCAGCGGUGAAAGCGGCAGCAAGCAGCAAGGGCGCGCGCGUGGCGAGGGGACCGUUUCUGAUGCGCCUGGAGGUGCUGCUGAGGCGCAUGCGCCUGCUGCAGUGGUUCGGGUGCGGCCCGGGGGAGGUGCUAUCUGCUGCUGCCGACCUGGAGAGUGCUUUAGUGGCUUACUUUGACAGGCACGGCGACAUGAUCAGCUUUGCCUCGGACGUGCAAGCCUACGCCCUGGCCCUGCCCAAGGACGUCCGGGCUAGGCUCGGGGCCGAGCUCCGAAGCAAGCUGACAGGCUUGGAACCACUUGGUGUGGGAGAGGGAGGAAUUGGAACGGGAGAGAGCAGGGCGGAGCAGAGGGAGGAGGGAGGGAAGGAGGGGAGGAGAGAAGAGGGGGAGAAGGAGGGCGGAAAGGAGGAGAGUGAGAGUGAGAGGAGGGAGGGGGAGGCGACGAGGGAGAUGAGGAGGGUGCUGCGGAGGAUAAUAAGUGUGGAGCAGGUGGAUGGGGCCAUGGGCAACUGGCGGAGCCUUGAUGACCAUGCCCUCAUCUCUCGCGCACAGCUUUGCGUCCGCCUCUUCCUGGAAGCUUCCCCUCUCUCUGCCAAUCUGGACCCCCGGGAGAAGGGGCAUGCAGACGAGCUGCUGCCCGUUGCUGCCUCCUGCCUCGUGGAGGUGUACCGCCGGCGCCAGCCAGAGGGCAUGGGAUAUCUCAUUGAGGCAGUCCUGGUCCUCACCUAUGGCGUCUCCCUCCGCCCAUUUAGCCCGCUGUUCAACACCAUGCUUGUCAGCCUCUAUGGGCUGUUGGGGUGCCCCUCCCUCGCCCUCGCCAGCUUCCAACGCCUGAGUGCGAAGCACAUUCAGCUGGACACGCUCACUCACCUCGUGCUGCCGUACCUGCACCAGUCGGCAUCGCUCGCUGACGUCAGCGCGCUGCACGCUGACAUGCGCGCCUUUUUCAACGACCACGUGUGGCGGGAUAACGCUGACGUCAGCAUGGAGGCUCUCAGACACGGCACGUUCUCAAAGGCGCGGCACGUUCUCAAAGAUGAUGAUUGCAGUGAUGAUUGCAGUGAUGAUUGCAGUGAUGAUUGCAGUGAUGAUUGCAUUGACGAUUGCAGUGAUGAUUGCAGUGAUGGUUGCAGUGAUGGUUGCAGUGAUGAUUGCAGUGAUGAUUGCAGUGAUGAUUGCAGUGAUGAUUGCAGUGAUGAUUGCAGUGAUGGUUGCAGUGAUGAUUGCAGUGAUGAUUGCAGUGAUGAUUGCAGUGAUGAUUGCAGUGAUGAUUGCAGUGAUGAUUGCAGUGAUGAUUGGAUCACUUUAAAUCCCUCUCAAAUACGUGAGUUCGCAGCCUUCCACCAUCGCCUGAAUCACUCGCACCAGCGCCUCCUCCUCUCCCCCAACUCCCUCCUCCUCUCCCUCCCCCUCGCCCUCCUCCCCCCCUCGGCCCUCACCUCAACUCUCCAACCCACUCAAUCCGCCUCGGCAGUCCCGAACCAAGCGGCUGCUUCUGAGCCUGUGGCGCAGGUUCGGGAGGUGCUGCGGGCAGCAGGGGGCGGGCGGGAGGAGGUUCGGCAGGUGGUUGGGGAGCAGCUGGGUCUGGUUCGGCUGAAUGAGGACUGGGGUGUGCGGCCGUGGUGGGACCCCUUGCCUCUUCCCUUCAGUGCACUCCUGGGACUGUGUGGAAAAGCACCAAAAGGGGAGGUGGGAACUGGGGUAGGUGCAGCUGCGGGGGGAAGAGGAGGGGAGGGCGCAGGGGGGAAGGGGAAGGGGGGGAAAGGGAAGGGGGGAAAGAGUGGCGAGGGAGGGAAGGGGAAAGGGAGUGGAGGGGGGAGCAAGGCCGAAGAAGGAUCAAAAGCAGCAAGUGUAGGGGGAACCGCAGGGGGUGGAGAGGAAUUGGAGGCGGUGCAAGGGGAGUGGGAAGAGGUGCUGCGGCAGUACUGCCGGUUGAGUGCAGUGGGGGAGGAGGAGAUGGAGCGGAUGGCAGAGGAGGGAGUGAUUGACUCCGCCCUGCUCCCCCCUCUCUUCCUCUACUUCUGCCCCCAGCACCAGCUGGAUUUACCAUCUCUUCACUCCCCCCCAACCCUUUUCCUCCCCACUCCCGCCCAGCAGCAGCAGGACUUACCAUCUCUGCUAGCCCGGCUGCCCUGUCUGCUCUUCACCACCUCGCUCUCACUGCACCGCCUCCAAUCCCCCACCACCACCGCCACUACCAGCACCAGCACCAGCACCAGCAACGACAGUGCACCCACAGCUGCUGCUGCCCCUGCUGCGAGUGCCAAGAAGGCGGUGGGACUGGUGCAGGCUGUAUCUGCAGCUCUGGCAGCCAUCCUUCAGCUGCUGCACAAGGAAUGCGUUCUGCCUGCAGCUUCCACUGAAGCUUCUGCAGAAGCUUCCCAGAAGCACCUUUCGCCUCUGGUAGUUUCUGGGAAGCUGCUGUCGUGCGCUCUGGGGUUGUUCAUUGGGGAGUCGGCCUUCUGGUCUUCGCUUAUCAUAUCCCAUUGGCACGCUGUGGCGAACAGCCACCCACCUGCUGGGAAGAAGACAAAAAAGACCGCCCAGGAUGCGGCCCAGCAGAGUCUGCCGGAAGAGGUGGUUCGGGCAGUCAAAGCUGCCCGGGAAUUGGCUCGGGCAGGAUUACAGUCCCUGCAAAAGGCCUUGUCCGGUCAGAUUAGCGGUAAGGGUCGUCUGCCCGAUAAUGACAUGGCUUGUGCUCUUAUCGAGUUGCUCCCUGGCGUGAACAGUAGUGUAGCUGUAGACGAUCAAAGGGCGGUAGCAGGGAGAGUGGUUGGCGAUAUGUGCAAGGUGAAAGAAGAGUUGAAGGGAGGAGCAUCGGGCCAGCAGGAUGCGAGCAUCACUUCAAAGGAAUGCAGAAGAGACAAGGAAAUUGGGCUGCAGAGUGAUAACGAUGGCGAUUCUGGAGAAGGUGGUAGUGGUGUGGAUGUGGCAUCUUGUGAUUGGAGCAUCAACUCUGCUGCUGAGAGGCUACUGUGGAGCCACAGGCGGUUCAUUCAGCAGCUCAUUCUACACUACACUCGUUGCCGUCAUGAAUCAGAAACUGCCUAUAGAUGUACUGAUAACCACACUUGCCCGAAUUCAUGGGUGCGCAACCCGUCGCUCCCCAAGCGCUACACGGGGUUGACGUGCAAGAGCAUCCGGUCGAGCCUCAACUGCCAGAAGAACGGCCGCAAGGACACGGCGUAUCUCAACUACGAAUUUAAAAGCCCCGGAUGCAACAUCCAGAGGUUCGACCCGAAGGCGUUCCUGGUGAUGAUGCGCAACAAGGUGUUUCUGGGCGUGGGCGACUCGUUCAACCCGAACCUGCAGCACUCCGUGCGCUGCCUCAUCGAGAGCGUCGCCGCCACCAAGGACGUCAACGGCGCGCUCUUCAAGACGGGCCUCUCCGCGCAGGGCUACGUCGUGCCGCAGUACAACGCCACGUUCCUCACCAUCGCGUCCAGCUUCCUCGUCGACGCAACUCCCGUGGGCGCGGCUUCCAGCAGCAGUCCAUGGAAGGUGAACCUGGACGUGCCCAGCAAGGAGUGGACUCCGUUUCUGCGGUACUCGCACUACGUGGUGUUCUCUGCAGGCCACUGGUUCACCAAUUCUGGGAACCUGAGGCAGUGGUUUGUGAAGAAACAGCAGCAGAACGGCAUGGCGUCGUCAGCAGCAAUGACAGCCGCAUACACGACAAUGCGCAACUACAUCGCGAGCUCGGGGUACACGGGCGUGCCCAUGGUGCUCACCUACACGGCGUCGCACUACGACUCCGCCUUUGCUGCCACGGACUCGGUGAAGGAGUGCAGUCAGUCCAAGGGGCCCAUGACCUCCAAGCAGAUGGCGUUUGCUGCAAAGAAAUCGGACGCACUCGAAGGGAGGACCGCUGUGGUAAAGGCCUCUAAUGCCACGUCGCCGAAUUCCGCGCAGCCGCUGUCGCAAUGCGACCUGAGUGCCGGCCGCUGGGUGCGCAAUCCCUUCGUGAAGCGCUAUACGGGCUUCAGCUGCCAGAGCAUUCGCUCGCAGCUCAACUGCGACCGCAAAGGGCGCUCCGACUCCGAGUAUCUUAACUACGAGUGGAAGAGUCCCGGGUGCAGCAUUAAGAGGUUCAACACCGCAGCCUUCCUCAACACGGUGCGCAACAGAGUCUUCAUGUCGGCCGGCGAUUCUUACGCCACCAAUCUCUACCACGCCCUGCGCUGCCUCAUUGAGACCACCACGAAAGUCCAAGACUACAGCACGGAUUCGGCCUUCGGGACGGGAGUGAGGGCGUCCGGAUUCAGCGUACCGUCGCACAACUUCAUCUUCCUCCGCCAGUCCACCAACUUCCUCGUCGAAUCCGAGCCUCAGGGCUCGGCAUCCAGCAAGGGGCUGUGGACGGUGCGGCUGUGGCAGGCGGAUUCCAAGUGGGCGAAGCUGAUUCCUCAUGUCAACUACGUGCUCUUUGCUACAGGCCACUGGUUCACUAACGCCCCUUCCAACACUCGCGACUACCGCGAUUACAACGGGAAGCAGAUCAGCGUCAGUUCAAUGCAGGCCCUGCGCAGAGCGAUGAAGACCGUGCGUGAGACGCUGCAAGCCGCCAAAUUCCGCGGCAUGCCCAUGUUCCUCUCGUACACAGCGACCCACUACCAGGCGUCGUUUCCUCCGCAAGACUCCAUGAAUGACUGCAUGGGUGCUAAAUCGCCCGCGGGGGACAGCGUGGUGUCGUAUGCGGAAAAGAACACCUUCUUUAUGAAGGCACGCAAUCAGCUGCGCUCUGUUAUGAGGAACUCAAGUCGUUCCAUCCCAUUUUUUGUCUCCCCUUGUCCUUCCCUCUUACCGUCCUCUCUUGCCAUCCCCCUUGCCGUCCCUCUUCCCACCCGCUAUUGCCGCCCCUUAUGCCGUCCCUUAUUGCCGUUUCCUAUUGCCGUCUCUUACCCUCCCCGCUUGCCAGCCCCCGUUGCCCUUCCCCCCUGUCGUCCCCUCGUGCUAGAUUCGACAGUCUCUAUCGCGCCCUCCUCUCCCUUCUCCCCGUCCCGACUCUCAUCGCGCCAAAUGGAUAUAAAGCCCGCGACUCACGCCGCAAUACACGGCUUGACGAGCUCAUUUCGCCCUCUCUUCCCUCCUCACCAGAUGGAUCUACACCCCGCGACUGACGCCGCAAUAAACGGCGGAGAGCUGCAAGAGCCUGGGACGCAACUUCGCGUGCCAGCGCAACGGGCGGCCCGACUCGGAGUACGAAAAGUACUCGUGGCGCAGCUUCGGAUGCACCAUCGCCGAGUAAGCCCCCCCCUCUUUCCCGCCCUUCCCCCCAACCCCCACCUCCCCUCCCCUCCUCCCCAUGUCCGCGGUCCCCCUCAUCUGCAUUGCUCCCCAUGUCUGCCUCUCUCCGCGUUGCCCCCCAUGCCCUUUCCCGCCCUUCUUCCCCACGGCCCCGAUGCCCUCCCCUGCAUUGUCCCCCAUGCCCUCUCCUCCAUUACCCAUAUGCCCUCAUCCCGUGGUCCCCAUGUCCCCGCUUGCCCUCAUGCCCUUGGCCGCAUUGCACCGCAUGCCCUCCCCCGCGCUGUCCCUCUUCACACCAGAUUCAAGCCCCUCUCCUUCCUCACCCUGCUGCGCAACAAGGUCUUCCUAGUCGUGGGGGACUCGCUCUCCAUGAACCUCUUCUCCUCGCUACAGUGCCUCGUCGAGACAGUCACACCCACUGAGCCUCUGCUCGUUUCCCCCAACCCCCCACCAUUACCCUCCCCCCUUGAACCCGCCCAAUGUCCUCCCCCUUCACAGUUUCCCCUCUCCUCCCCCCACUCCUCUUCCCCACCCCUCCUCCCUUCCCCUCCUCCUCCCUCUUCCUCCCCUUCCUCCUUCCCACUCCCCUUCUUUUUCCUGGUUGCAGGAGCUGAAGGGGCCUCUGUUCCCUGGAGGGCCAAAGACCCUUGGGAUUUUCGUGCCUGCUUUCAAUGCAACCAUGCUGCGCCACCCCUCCUCCUUCCUCACCAACUCCACUCCCGAUGGAGAGAAGUCCAGUGCAAGCACAUGGACCGUGCAUCUGGACCAAGUGCAUCCUGA